AUGAGCUUGCUCGCUGCUGAGUUUCGCGGCAAGGCUGACUUUCUGCUCGUGGGUUGCACGGAGAACCACACUAGCGAUGACAUCCCCUUCGGCAAGAACAACGGGUUUCCUGGCGCAGACGGCGAGAACAACGGUCGAUGGAACAUCCCCCAGCCGAAAACGCUGCAGGAGCGCAUCGACUCGGUGGCCUCUUUUUACAGUGAUUUCUCAGACUACCUCGUCAGCACAGGCGAGCCCAAAUUGGAUAUACCUUGGGUCGUGGACGGGAUGGGCAAUGAGGUGGGAGAUACCUACAGGGCAUAUCCAUUUCGCAACUACGUGGUCAAGGACGGGGUCGUUGUGUUUCAAGGUGGGCAUGGUCCGAUGGCGCAGGUCACAGAUCACAUCAAGGCCUGCCUGGAAACGGAGACAUCACCAUAA